AUGCCCGCUUUCGAUUUCUCGACCACUGGGUCUGAAGUAGUCGCUGCGUUCCCAGAACGAGUCUGUGGGAAGACAUUUGUGAUCACUGGAGCCAGCCAUGGAGGGCUUGGAGGCCACACAGCAAUUCUCCUAGCAGCCGCCAAUCCUAAGGAGAUGAUUCUUCUCGGGCGCUCAGAAGACAAAGUCUCCUUGGUCAUGAAGGAGGUUGGCAGAAUCAGCCCCUCUACAAUUGUACGAUUUGUCAAAGUCGACCUCAUGUCCUGCGCAUCAGUGCGAGCUGCAGCGGCGGAGAUCAAUUCAUCUACCUCUAGGGUCGACGUUCUCAUUAAUAACGCAGGCAUCAUGGGUGCCAAGUUCUCCUUGACUGCUGAAAACGUGGAAAGCCAUCUAGGUGCUAAUCACGUUGGCCAUUUCCUACUCACCAACCUCCUUGUUCCGAAACUCGAAGCUUCCCGCGGCGGUGCUCGGAUCGUGAAUGUAUCUAGUGCCAUGUACCAGUUCAGCCCAGUUAUGUUCGACAACUACAACUUCUCUGACGGCAAGACCUAUAACGCUUGGAUAGCUUACGGACAGUCCAAGACGGCAAACAUUUUGUUUGCCGUUUCAUUGGCCAGGAAGCUGGAAAAGAAGGGAAUUAAGUCCUAUUCACUGCACCCUGGAGUCAUACAGGCAACGGGUCUAUCAUCCGGAGUAGACCCAGAAGCAUGGCCAACUGUGGGACCUAUGUUUGAAAGCAAGAAGCUGGAGAUGCCGAAGGAAAAGAACAUCGAGCAGGGCUGUGCAACUACUCUUGCUGCGGUCCUGGACCCUGCGCUUGACGAUCGAUCAGGGUCAUUUCUAGAUGACUGUAAUCCACGAGAGGUUUUGGAAUACGCCUCUGACGCCUCCAAUGCGGAUAAGUUGUGGACUCUGAGUGAGGAAAUCGUUGGAGAAAGAUUCUGCUACUGA